CCCUCUGCGCUCACCGUCCAUGGCUGCUUAGCAAACAUGGCGACUGUAAUAUUUGUCAGCCGUCCUACGGUUGUCCUUUCCCGGCUUUCCAAUGGCACUCUUGUGGGACCGCCAGCAGUACUGGCAACUGUCCCUGUGAAGAUCCAGCAGAGGAAAGUCCACCAUGCCUUGAUCCCUCGUGGAAAAGGAGGACGCUCCUCCUUCAGUGGCGUGGCAGCCACUGUCUUUGGGGCUACUGGCUUCCUGGGUAGAUAUGUGGUCAGUCGUCUGGGUCGUGUGGGUUCUCAGAUUGUGAUCCCCCACCGUUGUGACCAGUAUGAUACCAUGCAUCUCCGACCCAUGGCAGACCUGGGGCAGAUUAUCUUCAUGGAGUGGGAUGCCAGAGACAAGGACUCCAUCAAGCAAGCGAUAGCUCACUCCAAUGUGGUCAUCAACUUGGUGGGAAGGGAAUGGGAAACCAGAAAUUACCCCUUUGAGGAUGUCCAUGUGACAAUCCCACAGCAGAUCGCUAGGGCAGCCAAGGAGGCAGGCAUCACAAAGUUGAUCCACCUGUCCCACCUUAAUGCAGACAUCCGCAGCCCCUCCAAAUACCUGAGGACCAAGGCUGUGGGCGAGGAGGCAGUGAAAGCCGAAUUCCCAGAUGCCAUCAUCAUGAAACCAUCUGAGAUGUUUGGGAGGGAGGACAGGUUCUUCAAUCACUUUGCAAAUAUGCGCUGGUUUGGGAAGGCUGUGCCCUUGAUUGCACUGGGGAAGAAAACGGUUAAGCAGCCUGUCUAUGUGGUGGAUGUGGCCAAAGCCAUUGUCAAUGCUAUAAAAGACCCUGACUCCAAUGGCAAAACCUAUGCUUUAGCUGGUCCCAACAGGUACCUCCUGCAUGACUUGGUGGAGUAUGUCUAUGCUGUGGCUCACAGGCCCUUUGUGGCAUACCCGCUGCCACGCCCUCUGUACCACAUGAUUGCAAGGCUUUUUGAGCUGCCCCCUUUUGAGCCAUGGACAACUCGUGAUAAAGUUGAUCGGUUCCAUAUCACGGACAUGAAGUACCCAGACUUGCCCGGACUGGAGGACCUGGGCAUUGUUCCCACCAGCAUAGAGCAGAAGGCCAUCGAGGUACUGCGCCGGCAUCGUCGCUUCCGCUGGCUGGAGGAGGAACUGGGGGAGGCCAGGCCAGCCAAGACAGUGGACUUCUGAGCGCAAGACCUAGGCAGUCACUCUUCCCCUUUGUACUUGCUGUCAGCUGUCUCUUGUACAUACGUGAAAUUUUAGGCAUAAAUCUGACAUGAAUAAAAACUUCUUCA